CUCUUUCCUGAUUUCCCCAAUUUCCUUGCGCUACGGUCGCUCUCUCUUCAUCUUGACUUCAUCGGCCGGCGUCGUCUCCAACAGAUUACAGUAGCGUCACUGAACUGUAAGUUCUGGUACUCCCUUCCUAUCGAUCAAUCCUAUGGCUAAAACGGAAGCAAGUGGGAAUCUUUCAAGCAUUUGCAUCGAUUUUUGAACUUGUUUGCUGUUUUGUUAUUUCAAUUCGAUCUUUUUUGUUCUAUGGAUGUAAGAGAAACAAUUGCUGAGAAUAUUCUGAACCAUUUUUCGAAUUAUAUGCUGUUUCGAUUGGACUCGUCUUGGUCCGCCCCGGACUCCGCGAAUUUUUGAAAUCGAACUUUAGGUGUAAAAUCUCUUGUUAGGUGGUUUACCGGCCUGACUGAAAUUAGGGUUCCUUGUUGCUGUUGAGGAUUUACUUGCUGCAAACUUGGAUGGAUAUGGUUGAUCCCUGGGGUAUGCGCCUUCCACGAUUUAUAGAAGACUGAGAAACACGAGGAUGAUAUCACACCGUUCGCUUCGAUUUUUAGGGAAAUAAGUGAUAAGCCCUAAAAUUGGGCCAACUCCCCCAAAAUGAGAUCCUUCAUCGUCCACACGUCGAAGGUCUUGGCCUCCAGAUUCUGGAGCCGAUCCAUGUCGCAGUCGACGUCCAUACCCAAGAAACAAGAGCGAGUUCGGGACCAUGGCUACGACGACUACAUGGAAAUCGAGAAGAAAGUGCGCAAGGUUCUCAAAUUCCGGGAACUAAUCCUCUCGCAGCCGAACAACAUGGUCUCCAUUUCGCGCCUCGACAUUCUCUCCCGCAGAUUAGGAUUCAGGCAAUUCGAGGCUGGACGGUUCAUUCUCAAGUUUCCUCAUGUUUUCGAGGUUUUUGAUCACCCUGUGCAGAGAAUCCUUUACUGUCGGCUCUCACGUAGAGCAGUUUCGCAAAUGGAGCAGGAAAAUGAAGCACUCCUGCGGCAAAUACCUGAUGCUGUGACUCGGUUGAGAAAGCUAAUGAUGCUGUCGAACACUGGUCGCAUUAGGUUGGAACAUGUUCGUAUUGCAAGGCGGGAGUUUGGAUUGCCCGAUGAUUUUGAAUACUCUGUAAUUCUAAAGAAUCCUCAGUACUUCCGAUUGUUUGAUGCUGAUGAAACAAGGAACAAGUACAUUGAGAUGGUGGAGAAGGAUUGCAGUUUAGGGGUUAGUGAAAUCGAGAAAGUGAGGGAAAGGGAGUACAGAGAGAAAGGUAUCGAUGCCGAGGACAUUAGGUUUUCAUUCAUCGUGAAUUUCCCACCAGGGUUCAAGAUUGGGAAGUAUUACAAGAUUGCAAUGUGGAAGUGGCAGAGGUUGCCUUACUGGUCCCCCUAUGAAGAUAUAUCUGGCUAUGAUCUGAGGUCGUUGGAGGCGCAGAAGAGGAUGGAGAAGAGGGCUGUGGCAAUGAUCCACGAGCUAUUGGCUUUGACUGUAGAGAGGAAGAUGACGCUGGAGAGGAUUGCGCAUUUCAGGAUGGCGAUGGAUUUGCCGAAGAAGUUGAAGGAGUUCUUGCUGCAACAUCAAGGGAUCUUUUACAUUUCGACGAGGGGUAAUUUUGGGAAGAUGCACACGGUAUUCCUGAAGGAGGCGUACAAGAAGGGGGAGCUGGUUGAGCCAAAUGAGUUGUAUCUGGCGAGGAGGAAGUUGGGGCAGCUGGUGUUGGUGAGUCCUAGGAAGGCAAGAAUGAACCAAGAGUUGGUCAGUUAUCAUCAAAGAAAUGGAUUGGAGGACGACAAUAUGAAUCACAUUCCGAGAGACUGGAUUGAGGCGAAAAACAACAUUGAUACGGAAUUGGACAAUGAGGACGACGAUUCAGACAAGGGUGAUAGUUACAAUGAAAGUAGCGGGGAGAAGUCUUGUACAACACAAUAACGAAACC